UCUUCAUCUCUGUCAUCUCCAAGACUGCAACUUUGAAAUUUCCAAACCCCCAACUUUGCUUCUAUGACCAAAAAGAUGAAAACUUUAGCAUUGGGCCAAGCCCAAUACAACAAAACCAAACUGCCCCUCCAACACAAACUCAACUAUAAUUGGUUCUGGUUCAGGUUCAGGCACAAACAUACUUCUACUAAAACUGCCCCACUUUCCCUCCUCAAUUGAAUCACACUCCUCAAUUAUGGCACUCCAGCUUAGAAGACUACUUGCGGCUGCAUUCGGAUACACGCCACAACAAGUUCGCGCCUUGUCUCAAUUGGGCUUUGGAGCCUGUUGCAGUUCCAUUGCUUCCCCUGACUCCUCUGAUUAUGGGGAUGGAACUAAACCCCAAGAUUUCCAAAGCUGGCCUAAUGGAGGUGGGUCUUUUCACAAGUCUGCCAGCAUUGACCCAACAGCUUUUGUGGAGUUUGGUGCUGUUGUGCAUUCCAAGUCCGUUGUGGGUGAGCAUGUUUGUAUUGGUUCCGGAGCUGUUAUUGGACCUGGUGUUUCAGUUGGGCAAUCGACCAAAAUAGGCUACAAUGUUUCACUUAGUAAUUGCACUAUAGGAGAUUCGUGUAUAAUCCACAAUGGCGCAUGCAUCGGUCAAGAUGGAUUUGGGUUUAUGGUGGAUGAGCAUGGCAAUAUGUUAAAGAAGCCUCAGAUGCUGAAUGCUAGGAUAGGGAACUGUGUGGAGAUUGGUGCAAAUACAUGCAUUGACAGGGGUAGUUGGAGAGAUACAGUUGUAGGAGAUCAUUCGAAGAUUGAUAAUUUAGUUCAGAUUGGUCAUAAUGUAGUUAUUGGGGAGAAUUGCAUGCUUUGUGGUCAAGUUGGGAUUGCAGGCUCAGUGACGGUAGGAGACUAUGUGACUAUGGGAGGAAGGGUAGCAGUUCGUGACCAUGUCUCCAUUGUAUCAAAGGUACGGCUUGCUGCUACUAGCUUUGUCACAAGGGACAUUAAAGAACCUGGAGAUUACGGUGGCUUCCCAGUUGUUCCAAUUCGCGAGUGGCGAAGACAAGUUGCAAUCCACAGUCGGACAUCAACAAAGCGGAACUCUUGGUUCCCCAUGUUGUGUAUCGAAUCCUAGUUAGUAAACCCACCUUCAAUUCUGCACUUGCAUUCGAUAUUGAUUUGCGAACAGCUCUCCACACUUGUGGAUUGGCAUCCAUAUAAUCAAUCACCGUACGCCGUCUGCUUCUGCCAGUUCCUUGAUGAAAAGGAGGAAAUCCGUGCUGGACUCGAGACUUUGCUUCUGCAGUACAUGGUUGGGAACUUGGGAUACUAGCUGGGCAUUCCUUUUCAAAAAGACAAAACCAAUAGAGAAAGCUAUGAAGGAAUAGAGAAAGGAAGGAAAACAUAACUGUAUAGAAAGGAAUAGAAAAAAGUAGAUAACAGAGUAUCAUAUUACGCAUCGUAUCAGUUUUGAAGUUUGAUGUUGUUAGAACUUAGAAAUGCCCAAAACUGUUACUUUUUCUUGUUUACAGUCAUCUCAUUCUUUCUUAUUUGACUGAGGAGUAUGGUUGAAAAUAUAAAUAUGCACAAAAAUUUUCAGGUGUGCCUAGCUGUGUCGUGAGGGAUAUUAAAGAACCCGGAGAUUAGGAUGGCUUCCCAGCUGUUCCAAUCCGCGAGUGACCAACACAAGUUCCAAACCACAGUCGAACAUCAAAAUAGCAGAACCCCUUCCUAUAUAUCACUAGAAAGGAACCAGAUGUAGUUUUCUACAUUUUUAGACCGAGUUGAAGCCAAUUUACACCAGGCUUCCGCUAGUAGCAGUCCUACUUGUCCGAAACAGAGAUGAUCCUAUGACAACAAAGAUGAAGAAGCCACAGCAGAAAAGAGGCAACUACAAAAAAAUUAUAUAUACAUAUAUCCUUUUGCUUGUUUAUGCAAUUUUGAUAACUCUAAUGCCUUUGCAAACUAAGUAUAGAUGAACUAAUAGCAUAAUUAAUCCAGAUGUCAAUCAGAUAGUAAUGAAAGCAGAUCAAUUGACCGAAUUAACUAUGCUGUUUAUGCAACAAAUGAAGCAAAUCACAACUUCUGAAGGAACAUGGCCAAUAGCAGAGUCGACCUUCCCCCUUUUGGCAGUUUUCUCCGGCACUGCUCCUCUCUCCGUUAAUUUCUUCUCAAACUUUUCUACCUUCCUAACAGUAAAAUGCUUUGAUUUUGUCAUGGUGCCGAGCUGUGCGUGCGUUGCAGGUUAUUAAACUUUCCCCUUUUCUUCAAACUGCAAGAGCUUCUAUUCAAUUAAGAGAAUGAAGAGAAUCGUGUCAGGAUUCUAUUAGAUCCAAGUGUUGCUCCAACUCAGUUUCAAUGGAAAUCUCCAGUACAGUUCUUGCCAGUUUAUAUCAGAAACCUUGGUAACAUCCAAUGUGGCAUAUAGCGGAGGGGUUGCUCUAAUUUACGGGAUUGUUCUAUAUGAAAUUGAGAAAGGGAAGAGGGGGCGAAAAGUAGAGCUU